AUGGCUCGCUUGACAUUUGGGGAGGGGACUGCCGAGGCCCGGCUCCGGAAGCCCCUUGGCUUCCCUGCGAGCACGCGCCUGCAGCCAGGCUGGCUGCUGGAGUGGGAUUUUCCGCCCCACGACGUGAAGCACUCCGAGCAUCCUUCGUGGCUGCAGGACGAGGACGAGGGACCGAUGGGGCCAGAUAGCUCCUCGCUGCGGACAGCUUCCCGGCACUCAUGCAGCCGCCCGGAUGCCCCGCCCACGGUGAGGAUCACCCACUCGGGCCUGGCCUGCAACAUCGAGGAGGAGAGAUACUCGGAGCGCGUGUACACGAUCCGCGAAGGGGAGACGCUGGAGCUGACGUGCUUGGUCACCGGCCACCCUCGGCCACAGAUCAGGUGGACCAAAACAGCAGGAAGCGCCUCUGACCGGUUUCAGGACUCGAGCGUCUUCAACGAGACCUUGAGGAUCGCCAACAUCCAGCGGCAUCAGGGGGGCCGCUAUUACUGCAAGGCGGAGAACGGCCUGGGCUCGCCGGCCAUCAAGUCGAUACGCGUGGACGUCUACUAUUUGGAUGACCCGGUCGUGACCGUCCACCAGAGCAUCGGGGAAGCCAAGGAGCAGUUCUACUACGAGAGGACCGUCUUCCUCCGAUGCGUGGCCAAUUCCAACCCCCCCGUGCGGUACAGCUGGCGGCGAGGGCAGGAGGUGCUGCUGCAGGGCUCCGAUAAGGGGGUGGAGAUCUACGAGCCCUUCUUUACGCAGGGGGAAACCAAGAUCCUGAAGCUGAAGAACCUCCGGCCGCAAGACUACGCCAACUACAGCUGCAUCGCCUCCGUCAGGAAUGUCUGCAACAUCUCGGACAAGAUGGUCUCCUUCCGGCUGUCCAACAGGACAGCCUCCCCGUCGAUCAAGCUCUUGGUGGAAGACCCCAUCGUCGUGAACCCCGGAGAGGCCAUCACCUUGGCGUGCGUCACCACGGGGGGCGAGCCGCUGCCCACGCUCACCUGGGUGCGGGCGGUGGGCGCCCUGCCGGAGAAGACCGUCCUGAAGGGCGGGACGCUCACCAUUCCCGCCAUCACCUCGGACGAUGCCGGCACCUACAGCUGCAUCGCCAACAACAACGUGGGGAACCCGGCCAAGAAGUCCACCAACAUCAUCGUUCGAGCCUUGAAGAAGGGGCGCUUCUGGAUCACCCCCGACCCCUACCACAAGGACGACAACAUCCAGAUCGGGAGGGAGGUCAAGAUCUCCUGCCAGGUGGAGGCGGUCCCUUCCGAAGAGCUCACCUUCAGCUGGUUCAAGAACGGCCGGCCGCUGCGCAGCUCCGAGAGGAUGGUCAUCACCCAGACGGACCCCGACGUCUCUCCGGGGACCACCAACCUGGACAUCAUCGACCUGAAAUUCACUGACUUCGGGACGUACACCUGCGUCGCCUCUCUGAAGGGGGGCGGCAUUUCAGAUAUCAGCAUCGAUGUCAACAUCUCCAGCAGCACAGUUCCACCCAAUCUGACUGUCCCGCAAGAAAAGUCGCCCUUGGUCACCAGGGAGGGAGACACCAUUGAGCUGCAGUGCCAGGUGACCGGGAAGCCCAAGCCCAUCAUCCUCUGGUCCAGGGCCGACAAGGAGGUGCCCAUGCCCGACGGCUCGAUGCAGAUGGAGAGCUAUGACGGCAUCCUGCGGAUCGUCAACGUCUCCCGGGAGAUGACCGGGACGUACCGGUGCCAGACGAGCCAGUACAACGGGUUCAACGUCAAGCCGCGGGAGGCGCUGGUGCAGCUCAUCGUGCAGUACGCGCCCGCCGUGGAGCCGGCCUUCCUGGAGAUCCGGCAGGGCCAGGGCCGCAGCGUCGCCAUGAGCUGCCGCGUGCUGCGCGCCUACCCGACGCGCGUGCUGACCUUCGAGUGGCGCCUGGGCGGCAAGCUGCUGCGCACGGGCCAGUUCGACGCGCAGGACUCCACCGAGCUCGUCAUCCGCAGCCUCUCCCGCGACAGCUACGGCGCCUACAACUGCAACGUGAUCAACGAGGCCGGCGCCGGCCGGUGCAGCUUCCUCGUGACAGGCAAGGCAUAUGCCCCGGAGUUCUACUACGACACCUAUAAUCCGUUGUGGCAGAACCGGGCCCGGGUCUACGCCUACAGCCUUGAAUGGACCCAGAUGAACCCGGAUGCCGUGGACCGCAUCCUCCAGUACCACCUGGGAAUCCGGCAGGCUGGGCAGCAGCGCUGGUGGGAACAGGAGAUCGCUGUGAACGGGAAGAUCCAGAAGGGAGAAUUAAUCACCUACAACCUGACGGAGCUGAUCAAGCCCGAGGCUUACGAAGUCCGCCUGACGCCAGUCACCAUAUUUGGGGACGGAGAUUCAACCAUCCGGGUCAUCAAGUACAGCGCCCCGAUGAACCCGCACCUGCGAGAGUUCCACUGCGGCUUUGAAGAUGGCAACAUCUGCCUGUUCACCCAGGAUGAGAAGGACAACUUCGACUGGACGAGGCAGAACAUCGUCCUCCGAGAUACGAAGUACACACCCAACACGGGGCCCAGUGCCGACCGGUCGGGCUCCAAGGAAGGGUUCUUCAUGUACAUCGAGGCGUCCAGCCCCCGCAAGGAAGGCGACAAGGCCCGGCUUAUCAGCCCCGUCUUCAGCAUCCCCCCCAAAAACCCCUACGGCGCCACCAGCACCGCGUACUGCUUCAGCUUCUACUACAACAUGUAUGGGCAGCACAUCGGGACGCUCAACGUGUACCUGCGGCUGAAGAGCCAGGCCGCCCUCGAAAGCCCCUUCUGGUCCUCCAGCGGCAACAAAGGGCAGCACUGGUCCCAGGCCCGGAUCAACAUCCACCCCAACACCUCGUUCCAGGUUGUUUUCGAAGGCAUCCGCGGCCGAGGCAUCGAAGGUGACAUCGCCAUUGAUGACAUAUCCAUCGUGGAGGGGGAAUGCUCGAAAUCGGAUUAUGUAAAUAACCAUAUACCUUCAGGCGCAGUCCGGACGCUGCCGCAUAUACGGAUUUUCCCAGUUUUCCUCCUUGUGUCUGUCUUAAGUCAUCAAAGGUGACCUUAUUCUGGCAGAGGCUACCUUCACCGAUGUACCACGCACUGGCAUGAAGAAGAGAGAACAUUUUAAAAAGAAACCAAAACUACCAAAGAUUCCUCCACUGACUGACUCAAAUAUGAUUUUUUUUAAGAAAAGAAGACUCAAACGUUAAAAAUAUAUAUAUAUUAAAAAGGAAGCCUUGGGAGUUUAUAAAAACUAAAGAAACAAACAAGAGACUGCAGGUGCAUGAACGCACCACAGGACACACGUGGAAGAGAAGGAGCGAGACCUUCAGGUGCUUUUGUGGCUAAUUAGCGAUGAACAAACAGACGGAGAGCACGCACGCACGCACACAGACAGACAGACACGGCAUCCGUUGGAAGAGCUCCGUCAAAAGAGUUACAGAAUUCCUCGUCAAAGCACAAAGUCAUGGCUUGUUUUGUUUCGAAUGAAUAGUUUGCUUGUUGCCAUGGAACCCGAAUGGCCUGCCAAAAGAGAGAUUCGGUGAGCAAGAGAUGGAGAGCGAGGAGAAAGGAGCCCCCAGACCCCACCUCACCGCAAAACAGGGUACAGGAAGAGCCGGGGCGGCGCCCCUUUCCCCUCCCACCCAGGGUUCUCGCAUCGCAUCGCGUCCCGCCCGCC